GCUGUUCGUCACGGCGAGCCGCAAACUGUGCUGCGUCUGUCACCUGAGCUUCUUGCUGAGCUUGCUACUUUUGUGCUCUUAGGGCAUACUGCAGUGCUUGAUCUUCGCGCCCCCGUGCGCGAGCACAUCAUCGCAACCGAUGCGUCAAGCUCUUGGCAAGCGGCUGUUGAGGCUGACAUUGAGGUCGGCGUUGCCGAGGAGUUUUUCAGGCAUGCUUUGCAACGUGGUGCCUGGACUCGCCUCCUCACCCCACCCUCGGCAUGGCUUCGUGAACAUGAUCUCCUGUCUCCAGAGUCAGAGCUACCCGGGGACAUGCAGUUCGUUACUCACCCGGUCGCUGAAGCUGCAGCCCGUGUGCCCGCGUACCGAUGCCUUUGGAGGCAAGAAUACAGGUGCAAAUCUGUGAGGCAGCUUUUUGGAUUGGAUUCACAAGUAUGCCUCGGUGCACUCGUCAAGGGCAGGCCGUGCGCUGACCCUCUCUGCAGCCCCCUGACUGGUGGCAUGAACUUGUUGCGGGCUCCGUUGAGUCUUUUGAUCUGCUUGACCUUGGCGGUUCCCGGCCUUUGGUCCUGCAGUCCAAUCGCGAACGAGGGUUGUGUAGCCCUACCUAUGCCCCUGCCGCGGCUUGUCACUCUGAACCGGUGCAUCCCGCCACAUGUCCCACAGGUGCGAGCCCCGACUCGUUUCGUGCAGGCCUUCAGCAUUGCGUUGCAGGUCCCGCAGGUGCAAGGUCUUCAGGUGCAGUUCUGGCUGAUCUUUGUGCUCGGUCACUUGCAGACGCGUGUCAACAUGCUUGUUCGUGUCCCGGCGUUCCUGGCGCAGGCAGCCGCCAACCCGCCACAGGUUUUGCAGGCGCAAGGUCUUCAGGUGCAGCUCCGGUUGGUGUGUGUUCUGGUACGCUUCCAGCCGUCACGUCUCAGCAUGCAGGUCCCCGUGCCCUUGGCUUGUUUUCCUCGCUCCGCCUUCACGCUGCCGCGACGCAAAACUUUUGACUGGUGGCUUCCUGGUGUGCUGUGCUUGGGUUCAGCGCGCUGCGCGCCGAUCCGCGCGCUGCUGCGUCACGGCGCGCCCUGGGUGCUUUGCUUGGACCGUGCGCGUGGCGUUGGUGAAGACUGGGGCCUCGAGCCGCUGCAAAGGUGCAUCGAGGAGCUCAUUUCCUCCGGGCAUCUGCUUGCCGUGAUCGUGAAGCCUGCCGCUUCUUCUUUUUCGUGUGCUGUGAGACCACCUGUCAGGUCUCGGUCAAGCCCUUCUGGCCUUGACCACCUUUCUCCAGGUUCCUUCAGUAAGGUGCUCGCCGACAACUUGCUGAAUCAGUGGAUUUUAAGAGUUAUCCGUCUCGCUUCAUCACUUGGCCUUUUCUACUGUGCUGAAAAUCCUGACACGUCUUACUUCUGGCGGAUGCCGGGUUGGGAGGACGAGGCUUCCGCAGGUUCGCGUCGCGUCUUUCGUGCGGACUUGUGCCAGUUUGGUUGUCUUUGGCGGAAGCGCACGAGAGUUGCCACUAACACUUCCCUUGCAGGUGCCAGGUUGCUUUGUGACCGUGCUGUGCAGCACUUGCGCUUGGUCGGGCGUUCCUCCGUGCAUCGCUUGCCUUGGACUUCGGUUGCUGACACCACUCCGGCUGGAUUCGCCGAUGCCUUAGCGUUGGCCGUCUCCACUUCUUGUGGAUGGUCUGCCGCUCGUUCCCUUGACCCGUCAGCCUGCGCAAAGCUUGGGUGCUGCUGCCGAGUCGGUGAGGCCAAGAAUCCGGGCCCCCGCCGCGCCUCACGGACACUCCUUGCUGCUCGGCGCUCCGGCGACUUGGAGAGUCGCCCUCUCCAGUCUGACACCUCCCUUCGGCUCGGGACCUGGGCUUGGGAUGCGUUCUUGGUUUGGGUCUCCCACUCUCUCUCGGUCGAUCCUCUGUCGGUCUUUGCGUCUUGUCCAGUUCUAGCUGCCAUGGCCCUUCGUGCUUACGGAAACCACUUGUACGCUUCUGGGGCUUCAAAGCACACUUUCCGGUACACGCUGGUCGGGGCUCAGCGAGCCAUUCUGACUCUGAAAGGGUCGCUCGGACCCGCGUGGGAACUUUUGACGAGAUGGGAAGCGGUGGAGCCAACUGUGCACCGCACUCCUCUGCCCGAGCCUCUGCUCCGAGCGAUGGUCACAGUCGGUUGGUUACGUGGCCUUAAACGUUGGGCAGGCUGUGCGUUGCUGGCUUUUUAUGGUAUGGCUCGUGUGGGAGAGGUGCUCAGGUGUGAAAGGCGUCACCUGCUCCUGCGGGAUGACCUCUUUCACUCCGCCGAAGCCCUUUUUCUACGGCUGGACACCUCAAAAACUGCGACGAGAGGAAGACCCAAGGUUCAGCACAUCCGUAUCGACGACUCUUCUGCGAUGGAGCUCAUCACGAUGGCCUUCAAGGACCUUCAGCCUGCUGAACCCUUGUUUCCUUUAAGCCCUUCUGCAUUUCGCAGUCGGUGGGACAGUUGUCUACGAGUCCUUGGCCUCGCUGGUGCCGUCAACGUCACCCCCGGCUCUCUUAGGGGCGGAGGUGCAGUUUCUGCAUAUCACAGAGGAGUACCGAUACAGGACAUACAGUGGAAACUUCGCCUCAAGCACAUGGCCACUUUAGAGCACUACUUGCAGGAAGUGGCCGCCCUUGGGGCGCUCAACCAGGCUUCUGAUGAUGCAAAACGGCUGAUUCGAUUCGCUCUUCAGCUUUACCCGUGCCUUUGCUACAGCGCGUAG